AGGCCGGCUCCUGGGCAUUUUCGAACAGAACCAAGACCGCAAGCACAGAACGUACGUGGUGAAAUAUGAGUGGGCUUGUAAAACCAAGAUCCAAAUCUAAACAAAGAAGAAAUGACCAAAAGUGUUCCCAGGGAAUUGAAACUGUGGUUGCCCAGCAGCUCAGUGGUGAGCAACUGAAACAGAAGGAGGCACCACCUGCUAAACAGGAUAUUACACCUGAUCAAGGGAAGGAAGCUGAAGGAGGACCUGUGGCUCAAGAGCCUGAUGGGGAAGUUGAUCUCUGGGAGCUGGCUGAGCCAAAGACUUGGGAUGAAGGGCAAUCACAGGUUUAAAAGAAGACUGAAGCUGAAAAGAAGCUUAAAAGAAGAUGAAACCAUGCAAAGUGU